CAAAGCAGAUGUUUAAUUUCUAUUGUCUGCGAAAAUUACAAAUUCAAAUAAAUUAAAAAAUUUCACAAAUUAAGAUAAAAAAUGUUCAUCAAAGUUAAACUUCCGUGGACUAAUUCCAGCACCAAAAAUCAACAAAUUGCAAUUUUUAUUGGUAAAGCACAAAAAAAAACUCGUUUGACUUCAAAUUUUGGUUCUUAAACUUUAAAUAUCAAUUUUAUUUUUAGUCAAUAUAUUGGCCUUGAUUCAUGGAUGUGCUAUAGGAUGGACAUCUCCAAUGAUUCCAUAUCUUAAAUCAAAUGAGGCACAAUUAGAGACAGGGACUGUAUCGACGUCUGAUGCUUCGUGGAUCGGUUCUCUGAUGUUCCUAGGAUCCCUAGUUGGUACUUUGACUGUCGGAAUUGUUGCAGACACCAUCGGAAUGAAGAAAUGUUUGGUUGUUUUGACCUUUCCAAGUUUGAUAUUUUGGAUACGGACUGUUGUGUCAACAGAUGUCUAUAAUUUUUAUAUUGCAAGGGCUGUAGCCGGUCUGUCUGGCGGUGCCCUUUUAAGAAUCGUUCCGCUUUUUAUUGAGGAAAUUACAGACAUCAACAUUCGUGAGCAACUUAAUGCUUAUACAACAUUGUCAAUAAGUUUUGGAAUUUUAUUUAUGUUUACCAUUGGAACCUACAUAAGCUACUUUAUGGUACCACUUAUCAUAGUUCCAAUUUUAAUCCUAUACUUCAUAUUAAUGAUGCUUUUGCCUGAAACUCCUCAAUAUCUAUUAAAAAAGUUGAACGAUAUGGAAGCUCUGAAAUCAUUGAAAUAUUACAGGAACUGCAAUGAGAAUAAUUCUGAAAAUAUUGAAGCAAUUAAGAAUGAAUUGGAAGUCAUGAGGAAAAGCUUAUUCAAUGUCCCAGAAGCAGAAGUUGGAAUGAAGGAUUUUUUUGAAAGGUCAUCAAUUUAUGGACUCACAAUGACUAUUAUUAUUGGGAUAAUUGUCUCAUCCUCAGGAUACAUGAUAAUUUUGACAUAUUCAGCAGACAUUUUUAAGUCAUCAGGUUCGUCGCUUAGUGCAAAUCAGUCUUCAAUUAUUGUAGCAUUUAGUCAUUUUGUUGGAACCUUCAUUGGGUGUAAUUUUACUGAAAAAUAUAAAAGAAAGACCCUCAUGAGUAUAUCUUGUGCAGGCUCUGGAUUAUCACUUUUGGUUUUUGCAACUUAUUCAUAUGCUGACUCAGUCAAUGGAAUCUCAGAACAAUACAAGUUGAUUUCGAUUGCUUGCUUAUCAUGUGCUUUAUUUCUACAUUCGAUUGGAAUUUCAACAGUUCCUUCAUUGAUUGUUUCUGAACUGGUUCCUCGAAAAAUCCGUGAUACGACUCAAAUGCUGUUUAUGGCUGUCAUCGCAGUUUCUACAUUCGCAAACUUAAAGGUUUUAAUUAUUCAAUCAACAAAUAUUCUUAAAAAUUCGAUCUUUGUUCCACUUAGGUCUUCCCCAUCCUUGUUGAGUCCAUCAACCUCUCAAACUGUAUGUUCAUCUACGCCGGGAUCUGUCUACUCGGCGCAUUAUUCAGCAUUUUUUUUCUACCAGAAACGAAAGGCAAAAAUCAACUACAAAGUCAUUAGACAUGAAACUGGAAAUUCCAAUGCGAGAACAGAAAAAAAAGCUUUAUUUUGUAUGACAGAAAUUUGAUGAAUAAAAUGAGUGAUUUUUUUUUCAUAUCCAG